GCACGUUGGCGUGUGCCGUGCUCCAUUCCCGUUUCUGCUUGCCCCUAGCCCCGUGGAAUCACCCCCAACCCAAACCCGUCUCCUCUCCUCUCCUUUCCUAUCUCUGACCCUCACCAUCGCUAGCAGCCAACAGCUCGCUGCCCAUUUUGCUUGCGCUCCAGCGGCUCACGAGCGAGUCCACAAGAGGCGACCGCCCCGGGGACAUUUGACUCCCGCACGGCAAUCGCUUGCUUCCUCCUCCUGCUCUUCCUCCUCCUCCUGUAGCCGCAAGCUGCUGCGUCUGCUCAUUUGUUCGCUUCCCUUUGGGCGAGCAGAGGUAGCAGCCGAUCCCGACAUAGAACACGAAGGAGGCGAGACGGGGGGAGCAGAGGGUAUAAGAGAGCCCACCACAGCACAGCACCUUCAGAGCACGCCGUCCCGUCCAGUCGUGCUUGGCAGCUUCAAGGGAAGGGAGGAGGAGAGAUGGGGGAGGCAGCAGAGGGCAACAAGGCUCUUCGCAACUGGAUGGGCGAGCCGAGGCCGAGAGACCAGGACGACGAGGAGAAGACGCUGCAGCUCAGCCUCGGGCUCCCCGGAGGUGGGGGAGGAGGAGCCUGGGGAGCGGCGGGCAGAGAGAAGGGGAACCACCACCACCACCACUCUGCUGCCGACACCUCCAUGCUCUCCCUCGGCUACUCCAACGCAGCAGCUUUCUCCCCCUGCUCACAAGGCAAGGCAAAGGGGUCCCCAGCAGCGGCUCCAGCUACAGGGCAUGCUCUUGCGUCCACCAACAAUGCCUCCCAGACAAGAUCUCCUAAUGCCCCAGUUAUCGGGUGGCCUCCAGUUCGUACAUUCAGAAGAAAUCUGGCUACCUCUAGCAAAGCAUCCCUUGAUCAUCAGAAUGGGAAGAAGGCUGCCAAACCUGAAGAGACCACAAAAAGAGCUCCAUUUGUAAAGAUUAACAUGGAUGGUAUUCCUAUUGGUAGAAAAAUCGACCUGAAUGCCCUUGAUAGCUAUGAGAAUCUGUCUCUGGCUGUUGACAAGCUAUUUCGUGGACUCCUUGCAGCACAACAAGACCCUCUAGCUGCCGGUACAAGGGAGUGUUCACAGGAAGAGGUGGCCAUAUCAGGUUUACUAGAUGGAACUGGCGAGUACACUCUAGUUUAUGAGGAUUAUGAAGGUGACAGGGUGCUGGUUGGCGAUGUUCCCUGGGGGAUGUUUGUUUCUUCAGUGAAGAGGCUGCGAGUUCUCAAGACAUCUGACCUCUCUUCAUCUCUAACACCAUCAGGCCGGAAAAGAGCGGUGGCUGAGUGUUGACACCUCCCGUGAUGUGCCGUGAAGAAGAAAACAUCUUCUGAGCUUGUAUCAUCUUUCUUCCUGGGUGCCUUUCUUUCGCCAAGGGUUCAUCGGCGUGGCGAACUGGGAUCAUCGGGGCGCCAACCUUUUGGGUUUUAUGUUCUUAUUAUUCUGUUUCUGCCUAUGGAGAUUCCGAGAAGUGAUGUGUUUGGCGCAAUUUGACAUGGCCGUAUGUAAAUGUUCAGACGAAUCAGCACCUGUCUAAUUCUAUCUGUUGCCUGGAACCUACUAAUUACUCGUGCUGUUCUUCGGUUCAGUUCA